CACAGCAGAGGCAGGUCAAUCAAAUUACUGUAGUUUGGUUUCUUCCUUGUUCUUUUCCAUCUAAUCCAACGGCCCGGGCGACCUAAAGGAAAGGAGACAGGCAUAAUGUCGCAUCAAACAGGCAUACAAGGUAACAUUGAUCGCCCUCAUCAAAUGCCUUACAGUAAAUAAAUCUGGGUGACAAGAUCAAGAUGAAUACUCUGCGGCGGAAGUGAAAGAAAUCUUUGCUAAGGCGAGGAACGGAGCCUAUCGCUUGCUAAAGCUUGUCAUUGAGAAGGAGACCCUGGUGCUCGGCGGUGCCAAGAUGGCAUCUAGGAAGUGGGACCAGGAGUACGAUGCCUUCGUGCUGCCUCUCCUGCAGGAGGAUAUGCCCUCCUACCUGCUGUACCGGCUGGACUCCACCAACAACCAGGGAUACGAGUGGCUCUUCCUGGCCUGGUCGCCGGACCGCUCGCCCGUUCGCCAGAAGAUGUUAUAUGCUGCUACAAGAGCUACACUAAAAAAAGAGUUUGGUGGUGGACAUAUUAAAGAUGAGAUAUUUGGCACAGUCGAGGAUGAUAUGUCUCUGAGUGGGUACAGAAAGUACCUGAUCGCCCAGGCUGCCCCACAACCAUUGACAGCUGCUGAGGAGGAACUGAGGCAAAUCAAACUGAAUGAGGUCCAGACGGACAUCAGCGUGGACACUAAGCAGCAGACCCUGGCGGGCGUGGCCUUCCCCAUGCAGAGGGAUGCCAUUCAGGCUCUGGAGCAGUUUCGAGAGAAGAGGACCAGCUAUGUGCAGCUGGAAAUCGAUUUUCGGAAUGAGUCCAUAAAGCUCUCUGGCACCAGUCCUACAGAACUGAAGGAUCUUCCCAAACGGAUCCCCAGGGAUGCACCCCGAUACCACUUCUUCCUGUACAAGCAUUCACAUGAAGGAGACUACCUUGAGUCCACAGUGUUCAUUUAUUCCAUGCCGGGGUAUAAAUGCAGCAUCAGGGAGAGAAUGCUAUAUUCUAGCUGUAAGAACCCUCUCAUUGAUACAGUGGAAGGCAACCUGGGCAUCCAAAUAGCCAAAAAGCUGGAGAUCGACAACGGCGACGAGCUCACCGCGGAAUUCCUGUAUGAGGAGGUCCACCCUAAGCAGCAUGCCCACAGGCAGGCCUUUGCCAAACCCAAGGGCCCCGCGGGGAAGAAAGGGGGCCGCAGGAUCACACGACCUCCAGGGGAUGGGGAGGAAGACUAACGAAACACCCCUCGGUUUUAGUCUUCAAUGGAACAUUCCACGUAGAAUAUAAGGUCCCUUCAUUGGCACCCAAUCCACCACUCUGUCGUGCACUGCGUUUGAUCAGAGCCACCUGUGUCAAAGGCGGUGCACUCUAUAAGGUGUGGAUGCCGAUUGGGACACAGCCGUAUUGAAAUGACUCCCUCCUAAUAACCUUUAACCUCAUAGAAAACCAGCCUGUAGACUGUACGAACUAUGCACACGCAGAUGACAACACUAAUAUAAGCCAUGACACACAAACCUGUGAACCUAGUACUUACAAAUGUAGCUUGUUAGAUAGUUAGGUGGCAUGUAUUGACAAAACACACGGGAGAAUCGCGAGGGCAGGAGAGAGAACGUUUUCCUUUAGAGCUCUAGCCAAUGUUUUCUUUUUCAGAUUAUUUGCAAAACACUAAGAAACGCAUAUGGUUCCUGAUCGUGGUUCUGGAGAGCUUUGAUUUAUGAACACAUUUCGUUUUUUUCAAUGUGUGAUAUUGAUCUGACAACUUCAUCUUGUGGUAAUUCAAUGCCGACUAUGUUUUAGCAGUUCAUUAAUGAAUUGCUUCACAUCAAUCGGUUACUGGACCGUUAACCCUUCAGGAUCAGAGUUGAGGACUUCAUCAUUUUCUUGUCGCCCUAAAUGUAAGCAGAAAACACAAUGGACCACCUAGUGUUCCAAGAAGAUCGUCUUUUAAAAAAAUUGAUUUAGAUCAAUAUGUUUUUUUAUUAUUAAUUUGCAGUGGUGGGCAUAUGACCAUGCUUAUGAAGAAUUGGGAGUGAAGAGAGGCAAAGUGAGGAUCUGUGGAUGUCUUAAGAAAGCCUGAGGAUUUUUUUUUAUUCAUUUAACAAUGUACUGUACGCACCAAGUGUGUUGGACCAGUGAGAUUUAAGAGGAAUAAUGAAUAUUACAAAAUUAAUUUGUACAGUCUCAAGCGUACAUUUAAGAAUCAGACCGCGAUGUAGUUGUAUGGGCGCUACUGUAGCAAGCGUUUAGUGACUUCUACUGAAGAAGGAAAUCGUAGAGAAACUAUUUUUCUAUGUCUCUGACGUACUGUAUUUUUGUGCGAUGUCCUGAAACUGAGAGGUCUUAAUACCUGAAUCGACCUGAGCGUCGACCGUUUCUAAAGCAAUCUGUUUGUCGAUCUGUCUGAGAGAGAAAGUGCCUGGGUGCGUCCGGAAUGGAAACCCAUUCUCAGUAUAGUGCACCAAUUUUCACCAGGGCCAAUCCCAGAACACACCCUAUCCCCAAUAUAAUGCACUAUUUGUGCCAUUUCAUACUCAGAUCUGUUUGUCAAUCAGGGUUGGUUUCUUGUGCAUUUCACGCUAUUGAUGUAACCCCACAUAAUAUGCAAUGCAAACCACUGCGGCAAGUUUUCCCCCAUGAGACAAUGGUGUGUGUGUGUGUUUGUGUGCGCGCGCGCAUGUUUGUUUAAUACACGAUGAAGGGAGGGGGCUGAGACUCCCAGGUAAAUUGUUAUUGAAGAUCCAUCUACUGAUUGAAUAUAAAGGCAGACCACUAUUACGUGUUUUUCCUGUAGCAGUUUGUGAAGCUACUUUUCAGAAGGAAUAAAUUCAGAAGGAACCAUAGAAGUAGAUAGUUGAAAUUACCAUGUUAUGUAAUGUCUCAAAUGUUUUUGUCUUUCAAUGAAUCAAAUUGUCUAAAGAAGUGAAGUAAAUAAAAAUAUAAAAAAUCACA